CUAGCCUACGCUGCUCGUCACAGACUCAGAGCUUCCGCUUCGUGUGGUGGGGAAUUGGUGCGCGGAGAAAGAGAGAGAGGGAGAGAGAGAGCGAGAGAAAGGUGGUGACGGACCUGCUUCUCUGGAACACUGCAAUACUGCUAUGUUCUAUUACAAGGGAAGGUUUCCCGAACAACGGUGCUUGACACGAAAAUGUGCAAUAAAGUAAUACGGCACGCGCUGUAUUAGCAACCAAUUGCAGGAGUCUCUAGUCUUCACUUUUGCGUUUUCGCCUGCUCGCUCUGUCGGCUCCAACUGACGAUUCAGAAAAUCCAUGGAGAUACUGCAUAGCCGUUUCGGGCUCCACAUUGGGAUUAUACACUGAAUUGAGUGGAAACUUCAAAAACAACAACAAAGACCACUGGUGUGUGCAUAGCUUCACGAGAUUGAAAGUGACGUAGCCUAUUUGGCUGGAAGUUGGGGCUUUGGUAUCUGGAGCUCCAGACAUGGCGGACCAGGAGGAAACAUUUGGGCUGCAAAAUUCGCCCAGUGGUCCAGAAACAAAGGAAUUACACUCUGAAAGUAAAGCAGAGAAACCAAAUGGAACUUCCAGCAAAUCGCCUUCCUCCCAAACAACAUAUAUUCAACAGGGAAUGGAGGGGAUAAAAGUCUACCUGCAUGAACGGGAAUUGUGGGCAAAGUUUCACGAAGUGGGGACGGAGAUGAUUAUCACUAAAGCAGGAAGGCGAAUGUUUCCCAGUUUCAAGGUGAAGGUCACUGGAUUGAACCCUAAAACGAAAUAUAUCCUCCUGAUGGAUGUCGUGCCUGCUGACGACCAUCGCUACAAAUUCGCUGAUAAUAAAUGGUCUGUGACCGGGAAGGCAGAACCUGCAAUGCCAGGGAGGCUCUAUGUUCACCCGGACUCUCCUGCAACGGGUGCACACUGGAUGAGGCAGCUUGUCUCUUUCCAGAAGCUGAAACUGACAAAUAACCACCUGGAUCCUUUUGGACACAUUAUCCUGAACUCCAUGCAUAAAUACCAACCCAGGAUUCAUAUCGUGAAAGCGGAUGAAAAUAACGGCUUUGGCUCCAAAAACACUGCUUUCUGUACACACGUUUUCCCCGAGACAGCAUUCAUUGCGGUUACGUCCUACCAGAACCACAAGAUAACCCAGCUGAAGAUAGAGAACAAUCCAUUCGCUAAAGGCUUCCGUGGGAGUGAUGAUAUGGAGCUUCACCGGAUGUCAAGAAUGCAAAGCAGCACUAAGGAGUACCCAGUGGUCCCACGUAGCACAGUACGCCAGAGGGUUGGUACCAGUCAGAGCCCGUUUCCCGGGGAGGCGCAGGGCAUGGCCGCCCCCAGUGGCCUGGCCUCCCAGUACAGCCAGUGUGACAACGGGGUCACCAGCACCUCCCAGGAUCUGCUGCCUCAGUCUGGCUCCUACCCCCUCCCCCACGAGCACAGCCAGGACUUCCACUGCAUCAAGAGGAAAGCAGUGGAAGAGGACGCCCACCCAGGGGAGCACGCCUACAAGAAGGCUUACCUGGAGAGCUCCUCCAGUGAGGACGACCAUUACUACCGUCCCGUCAGCUACUCGCAGACCUUGGGUCUGCCCGGGGGACCCUACAGGACCGAGUCGGGCCAGAGGCAGGCCUGUAUGUACGCCAGCGCCUCCCAGGGGGCGGAGCCCGUCCCCAGCCUGGAGGACAUCAGCUGCAACACCUGGGCCGGCGUCUCGCCCUAUGGCAGCUGCUCCGUCACCACUAUGCAGCCAAUGGAGCGGUUGCCAUACCAACACUUCUCUGCCCACUUCACCUCGGGGCCCUUGGUGUCCAGACUGAGCGGGGUGGCAGGCCACGCCUCCCCGCAGCUGGGCGACGCCCACCACGCCAUGUACCAGGGCUCCAUGGCCCACCAGACUCUGGGCCGCCAGUGCAGUCCUGUGGCAAGCAUCCAGUCGCCCACCGCAGGUCUCCAAGGCAACGAGUACCUGUACUCCCACGGGAUUCCGCGCACGCUGUCGCCUCAUCAGUACCACGCGGUGCACAGUGUGAGCAUCAUGCCCGAGUGGAAUGAGAGCAGCUGAGAAGACAUUCUUCAUAGAUAAGGAUGGUGAAGUUGGAGGAAGAAGGGCUUUCAAAGGGUUGGUCUUCAGAUACAUCUAUAUUUAUAUUUUUGAAGCUAUAUACAGUACGGCAGAACAGUCUCAUGAGAUGAAUGAGACAUGAACACGUAAAGCGUUGGACUUUGCUGCUCUUAGGAAGCCUGAACGUCUUUGCAGAUAAUUUGUUAUUGAGCCUAUGGGAGAAACAUCACGAGGAUGGGCAAAAGAAGGUGAAUAAAAGCCUUGGCCAUAAUGUUAAGGAGAUUUGAGGACAAGAAAGGGUUUAAUCAAACCCAUAUUGCAGUAUUUACACAGUAGCUCUUUUUCCCAAUGGUGAAAGAAACUGAGACUGGUGAUGGGUACUGUAAUAAAAACCCACAAACACUACCAGGGUGACCCCCCUCAAAGGUAUGCUUUCACUUUUCAGAAUUAGAAGUGUGUGUGGGCACGGGAGGAAUACUGUAAGCAAAGGCACUGUGUAAACAUUGCCAUAGCAAGUUUGAAUGAAUCCAAGCCUAAAUCCAAGUUAAAAAAGUAAUGCUUUUUCCAUGAGGGACUGAAGCGCUGAAGUGUCUUUAUUAUGAAACCUCCAUUUUCAAAUGGUUCCAUUUUGAUAGUAUGUUUUACAUCUUGGUGUUUGAAUUAUGAAUGUUUUAUUUCUUUUCUGCUGCAAGUACAAAGCUCUUUUACUUUUAUUUUGUAGAUUUGUAGAUGUUUUAGAUUGUGUGAAAAUCAAACUAAUACUUUUUGUUUUGGUCUGUUUGAGUUAACUGCUUACCUUCUUAAACCAACAGGAAAUUCAGAGGUGUGGCUCUUUGCGGGAGUUGGUGGGGGGGGUCAAAUAAUUGCUUGAUUGAGUCGUUAAACAGAAUUUCAAAAGAAAGAAAAUGUUUUAAAUACUUCCAAAAACAUUGUAUUGGCUUCCUGAGUGGCGCAGCAGUCUAAGGCAUUGUGGAGCAGUCUGUGUCAAGGUUAGUCUGUUCCACUAGACUGGCUGUAAACAGGAGACCCAGAAAGAGAGUCCACACUAACCAGCUCUGUCCAGGAUCGGGGGAGGGAUAGCUCAUGUGGAUCUCCUUGUUUCAUUGCAUUCUAGUGACUUGUGUGUGUGGGGGGGGGUGACUUCAUAAUGGCAGAGGCGGACAUGCCUGGUAGUGUCUUCCUGGUUCAGCGAGAAAUAUGAUAAAAAGCAGCACAUCUUGGCAGCGGGUACAUGUCCGAUCUUCAACUCUCCCAAGCCAGUCAGAGUAGCAGCAAUGAACCAAAGACGUAACUGCAGAUUGUAUACCAUACAGUUGAGAGGAAUAGAGGUAAAAUUAGGGGGGGGGGGGGGGGCACCAAUCCUCAGCCCUGGUGUGUUGUCCAUCUAUGUCGUACCCCUAAGGCACCUUAUUGCUAAUAAAAAACUGUUUACCAACUAAAUGAGAAUAGUAAAAAUAAAAAUUUGAUUUUUGUCAUACCUGUGGUAUAUUGACAUUCAUGGCUCAACCACCCAGUUUAAAAUGGCUUGUAUAUUAAGGCUUUCAGCCAGUCAGCAUCCAGAAUCCACACUAACCAGGUAAUAGCAGAAAUAAUCUUAUAUGGUUACAAGUGUUUUAAAUGGUGAAUGUAGGUGAAAGUGUGUACUGUGAUAUCCUCCCUUACCCUGGCAUGAAACAUGGAAACGUUUUCGUGCGGUUUUCAGUUUGUCCAGGGAGCGUGUGUUACAUGUGUGUCCGGUAUUUGUGUGAAACAGAAGCUAAGAAACCAGAAACCUCCUGACAUUGAACCAUAGUUCUCAUUCAGAUAUAGCUCCAAUAAAAGGCAGAAGCCAGAUUUGAUUACGAGGUGAUUGCAUCUUUAUUUUGGAGAAAAUUAUUUACUAGUGCAGAUUUCUUUUAUGUGUUUUACCCAGUAAAUAUGUUGUUUCUCAGUAUUUUCAUUUAUAACAAUUGGCACUUCUCCCAUGACUAGUCCUGAACUACAGCAAACAACAAAUACAUGUUUGGUAUAUGAUGCCUUUAAAAAUGUAGAAUGUAAAGAAUGAGGCAAACCUGUCUCCCUCUAUAACAGCAGGUAUAUGAAAACUUGGUCAUUGCAGAGAUUAUACAAGCUCAAAACAUACACAUCUGUCAAAUACAAAAUGUCUGCCAAUAUAUGGAAAUCAUGGUAUAUGUUAAAGGUCAGUGUUAUGUACAGACAAAUGCUUAUUUUUAAAAUGCUUGUAGUCGAUAGAAUGUUACUUGUCGAUUGUAUUUAUUUUUUCCCUGUAUUGUACAUCAACUUGAUUUUAUUCUGUCAAAUUAAAUGUUAGACAGACCUGUACUUUUUGUUACUUUGCUAUUUAGGCUCAAUGUCUUUUCUUUUUUAAUUAUACUGCUUUAGAAAUAAUGACAUUAAUUUACAGUUUCCAAAAGUCUAAGAAAGAGAUAGAAAUUGAUUACUUUGUUGUAAAUAAGCACACGUGUAUAUAGAAUACAGAAAA